ACCAUUUAAUUUUCAUCGUUUUAGUAAAAUUUUGUGCAAUUCCCAUGAAUUUGGUGAGGGCACGGAAGCCGCCGAGCGGCUAUGAAAUUGAACGGGUCGCUUUUUUUUUUUUUUUUUUUUUUCUUUCGACGUCCUAUUAAGUAUUAAGAAGCAGCCACACGAUGAGGCUAUGGCGGCACAAAUUAAAUAUGCUUUCUUCCCCUCAUGCCUUAACGGAGAAACUGCGCGUUAAUGGAACCCAGAAGGUUUCUUUCAGCAGUGUUCAUCUUCUUCCCUCGGAAUGCCCUUGACAACCUCUCGGAUUUUGACCCAAAUGCCUCUGUUAUCAACCGCCCUUAGUUUUCAGCCUUCCUUCAAAACCAUCUCCAAUAGAAAAUUGAAGCUGCAAUCUGCGAAACCCACAUCGUCUCUUGGAUUCCCUCCCUCGAAUCUUGUUUUAAUUCGUAGGUUCGUCGCUGGGGAAGCUCUAUUUCGGAAGCACAGAGUAUUGGGUCAUUGCGGCAUGACUGAGAUGACCAGAAGUUCUUCUGUUAGGUGUGGCAAUGGAGAUGAAGGCUUUAGAAGCUUAGAGACUGAGUCGUUUUUUGAUGGGUCAUCCCAGUUUCGUCCUGAGAUUGCAGCUGGUGGGUUGGAAGCAAUUCUCAAUAAAAUGAGCAAGUGGCUUGUAGCUGCCCUCUUUACUGCUAUACUUCUUUUGAGGCAUGAUGCAGAAGCCUUGUGGACCGCCAUGGGAUCUGUUAUAAAUGCUGUACUUGCUAUGGUUCUGAAAAGGAUUCUAAACCAAGAGCGGCCUAUUGCCACAUUAAGAUCUGAUCCUGGAAUGCCCUCUUCUCACGCACAAUCCAUAUUCUUCAUAGUUGUAUAUGUCGCCCUGUCAGCGGUGGAAUGGCUAGGUGCUAAUGCAAUAUCAUUGUUUAUCUGUGGACUUUCCUUGAUAUUUGGUUCAUAUUUUUCGUGGCUACGAGUUUCGCAGAAACUACAUACUAUCAGCCAAGUUUUGGUUGGUGCAGUGCUGGGUGGUUCCUUCUCCCUUUCAUGGUAUUUGUUCUGGAAGGCUGUGGUUAUGGAAGCUUUUGCAGUAAAUUUGUGGAUACAAGUAGUUGUUGUAUUGGGGGCUUCUGGAUUCAGUGUAGGUUUCGUUACCUAUGUCAUAAACAAUUGGUUCAAGGAUGAAAAAUAAUUAUAGUGACAUGUACAGUUUUAUGUUGUAUGUGUAACUGAGAAGUAUUAAUUUUUAAUGGGAUCUUUCAGUGUCUUUUCCUGA